AUGUUAAGAAGAUCAGUUACAAGAGCCAACAUUGAAACUGAGGAUGAUCGAUAUCAAUCACCUCUAGGCAAUGAUCAACAACCUCGUCUUGAUUCUUUUGGAGCUCCUCCAAAAGGUGGUCCUACAUCCACCAUUACUCCUCUAUUGCCUAUUGGUUCUCCUCCAUCAAAUCUGUCUCCCCAAAAUAAUACACCUUCAUCUUCUUCAACUCCACAGAACCAAACAUUUACACAUAUUCUUGUUAUACCCUCUCUGUCUGAUGAUGCCAAAAAGGGGGAGAAUUUCAUAUUUCUAGAUUUCAACAUUGACGCUGAGGAGGAGCAAAUUCCUCAGGAAAAGGAAAAGGAUCCUCGAGGAUAG